AUGAAAGAUUCAAAUGCGGAUCAUAGCUGUACUUCACCGAAAACUCCAAAUUUUCGACAAAGACGGCGUUUAAACGAGAUUCUUCCUGAUAUAAACAAAUCAAAUGGAAUCCUUUUACUUGCAAAUGAUAAAUAUAAAUACAAAUCAAUGUGGAUUCGCGCAUAUUCGUCUCUAUGGAUGCUAGCAUGCGUCGCACUUAUCAUAUACAUGGGUCAUCUUUACAUCUGGGCAAUGAUGGUUGUUAUCCAAAUUUUUAUGGCUAGAGAGCUCUUCAAUCUACUGAGAAUAGCGAAUCAAGAUAAACGUCUCCCGAAGUUUAAGCUCUUGAACUGGCAUUUCUUCUUCACGGCAAUGCUAUACGUAUACGGCCGUAUCCUCAGUCAGCACCUUGUGAAUACAGUCACAUCAGAUAAAUUUUUCUAUAGACUUGUCAGUAAACUCAUCAAGUAUCAAAUGGUUAUAUGUUACUUCUUAUACAUUGCAGGUUUUGUAUGGUUUAUUCUUUCAUUAAAGAAGAGAUACUACAAGUAUCAAUUUGGACAGUAUGCAUGGACACAUAUGAUACUUAUCAUUGUGUUUACACAGUCUGCAUUCAUGGUAGCUAAUAUAUUUCAAGGAAUUUUCUGGUUUCUUUUCCCUGCGCUUCUUAUUGCUAUGAAUGAUGUUGCUGCGUAUUUCUUUGGUUUCUUCUUUGGGAAAACACCUCUAAUCAAGUUAUCUCCGAAGAAAACAUGGGAAGGUUUUAUUGGAGCGUCUGUUGCAACUAUGAUUGCUGCCUUUACAUGGCUAACAUGUCCAAGGAAGGAUUUAUCAACUGGUUGGCUUGAGUGUGACCCUGAUCCAAUUUUUAAGCCAGAUUACAUUCCAAUGCUAGGACUUGUUCCUCAUGGGAUACCUGAGAAAGAGAUAGCAGUUUUGCCAGUACAGUGGCAUGCUUUGUGGCUAGGACUAUUUGCGUCCAUCAUCGCACCGUUCGGAGGAUUCUUCGCUAGCGGUUUCAAAAGAGCUUUUAAAAUCAAGGACUUUGGUGACAGUAUACCUGGACAUGGUGGAUUUACUGACAGAAUGGACUGCCAGAUGGUGAUGGCUGUUUUUGUUUACAUUUACCACCAGUCAUUUGUUGUCCCCCAUGACUAUUCCAUUGAUGUGCUUUUGGAUCAGAUAAUGAGGGACCUUGGUUUUGAGGACCAGCUAGCUCUUUACACAAAACUUGGACAGAUAUUACAAGAAAGGCAUCUACUCUAG